AGGAGACGGCUGCAGAAGGGCAGUCGGGAAGACAGUCCACUCCCUCAGCCCCCAGCCCUUGGGGGCUGACGGGAAGCCAUGGACUUGUACCUAAGCAACUGUUUAAAGGCUGCCGAGGCUGCUGCCUCAAAAGCAGCUCCCAGAAGCCUAAAAACGGACAAAGACACGUGUAGUACCAACAAACAGAAACCUCUCAUUCCAAAGAUUGGACCAUCUAGUCUGUUGGAUUUGCCUCUUGGGGCCAAACUGCCCAUUAUCCCAGGAACUACUAAUAUAUUCUACACAACAAAUAUAAGUGAAAAGCUUUACCAACCUUCUUUUGGAUUUAACCUUAGUGAUCCGUACUGUAAACUAAUGGGAACCACCUACCAAAGUCUUCAUGAUCCACACUUAAAAGCAUACUUCAAACGAAAAGACAUUCUCAAGAAGCUAAAACAGGGAGGAUACAUCACCAGCAAUAACAAAGUCGUAUGUUCCUUAAAAGAGCUGAACAAAUACAGACAAUAUCUUACCACUUUAAAAAUCGAUUUUGAACGAAAUUAUGAAAGAGAACAAAAAAUUAUAGAAAAUCAAGUGAACAAACUGAAGGAAGAAAGACGGGCCUGUGACAACGCCGCUGCUGCUGCUGAGUUUCAGCGGUGGUUGUUACAAGAAGGGAAAAAACCUCGCCCUAAUGAAGAACGAUUAAUUAAGCGAAGACAUUUGCAUAUGAUUAACAAAGAACUAGACAAAAUUGAAAACACCACAGGAAGACGAAAUACACUUCAGUUGAAGGAAGAAGACAGACAACAUUGGGAUAAUGUUAGAAGGAAACUGAGUCUACGAAAACAAAUUGAAGAGGAAUGGCAAACCAAGGAGAUGACACUUCUAACGAAGAUUGGAGAGGAAGUUAGGAGGGAGGCCAAAGUUGAAGAGCAUCACUGGAAAAUCAGAGAUGAAAUUAACCGAAAGAAAAAAGCAAUGCUUCAGAAAAGAAUUGCCUAUCAUUUACAAAAAUUGCAACAGAAAGAUCGUAACGAAGAAAAGCAGGAAGCAAGUAUCUCUGAAAGUAAAAAUCCACCUGAAACAGCAUUUUCAACACCUCCCAAAAAAUCAAGUCUCACUGAGCAGAAAACGUCUCAAGAAUAUCUGGAACAAAAACCAUCUACAUCAAGUUUAAGGACAGGUAUCUCUGACCAAAGACUUUUGGAAGAAUCAAGUGAGUCAAAAUCUACUUCACAAAUUACAAAAGCCAGUUUUGACGAAGAGAGAUCUUCAUUUUACGAACUUCUGGAAACAAAAUUUUCUCCUACAGAGACAGAGAGAUCAAGUUUGCUUGAGGAGCAGACAUUUCAUGAAUUUUUGGAACCUAAAGAUUAUCAUCAUUCCAGUGCGAGGAAAUCAAGUUUUGCUGAGCAGACAUUAUUUCACAGACCUACUGAAAAAAAAUAUGCCCCAGUAACUACAAAGAGAGCAAGUUUUAUCAACCAGAAAUUCCUUGACGACCUUCAAGAAGCAAAAUAUCUUUAUCCAAAUAUUACGAGAACAAGUUUCAUGGACCGGAGGCUGACAGAAGACAAUCUAGAACCACAAUCUCUACCAAAUGUAAAGAAAGCAAGCUUUGCUGGUGAUAAAUCAUUCCAACAACUUAUGGAAGCGAUAACACCUCCACAAUACAUAAGGAAAACAAGUUUCACUGACCAGAAAUCAUCUCAAGAAUCUCUGGAAUCCAAACGAUCAAGCCAAUAUUCUCAAAGUAAUAUCAAGGUUUUUAUUAAGACAUCAACAACUUCACUUCAACAGAGGGACUUACAAAAUACAAGAGAGCAAAAGUAUGAUAAAGAAACACCAAAGACAUCAUAGCUAGGAGUCAAAAGAGUCUCAAUUCCUGUUCCAUCUCACUCUAUACAAGCAACAAAUGCUUCCAGACAAUCUCUUCACAAUGUUCACAAACAAGAGGCAAAUACUCCUUUUCAAAACGCGCAUAAACAGAGCAAGUGAUUUAUAACAUUGUGAU